AACUUGGCCUCUUUCUCUCUUCACCAUGGUCGCGCCCUGCCACCGCCGUCGCGACUCGCCGCCACGACCAGCGUCGCUGCCACGCCGGCCGUCUGCUCGGCCGGAUUCCACCAUCAUUUCCCCUAAAUUGGUUUCCGAUCUCAGGGCUAGGGUUCCGCCGAGCAGGAUUUUGAAGAAGGCGUCGGACGACGCGGUCGUCUCCUGCCUGCGGAUUGCCACUCCCGUCGACCAGCUGCCCAGAAUCGACGCCUAGGGUUUUCAGCCUCCCUCUCCUCUCUGAAUUUCUGCGAACGACGCCGUACUAGCACUCCCCAAAGUCGGAUCGGGAAAUAUUUCAAGCACAAAACAGAAAACCCCACUCCACUCUCUCUCUCUCUAAACCAUAAUGCCGCCGUUCAAGCCAUUGCGCUGGGAGUGUCAUAAACGGCGCGCCAUUACCAUGAAUUGCCAAGCGACGGCGGAGAAAUCUGUUGUGUCUGGGAGUAGAAUGCUGGUAUUCGUCCCGCCGCAUCCUUUAAUUAAGCAUUGGAUUUCAGUUCUUCGGAAUGAGCAGACGCCUUGUCCUAUAUUCAAGAAUGCUAUGGCUGAGCUUGGGAGAUUACUAAUAUAUGAGGCAUCAAGGGAGUGGCUGGUGAGAUUUGACAACUUCCAUUUAGGAGAUUACAAAAAUGCUGCAUUUUUGUUUUUUCCUUUCUGAUAUACUAAAUGUUAACUAAAAAGAAAAGGUACGCAUAAUUAGCUCAACAAUUUCACUCCAUCAUUAUCACCGGUGUGCUAUUUCUGAAUAUAAGGUGGUUUUGGGGAUUUAAGUUAUUGUGCAUAAUCUCUGAUGUGGAUUAUUGCUCAUUAACUUAUAAGCAUGCAGUCCUCUGUUCAAGUUGUGUGACUACAUAUUUUCAUAUGUGGCUAAUGUUAAUAAUCUGACUGUUGGGUAUUCGAACCUCCGUGCUCAUUAGGGCC